AUGUCAGAAGUUCAUAUUACUAAGAAUAAUUGUUGUGCAAGUGCUGAGAAGAAGUCAUCUAGAUUAGAUAAAAUUAAGAAUAUGUCAAAAAACUCGAAGUACAUAUCUAUUCUAAGAGAAAUUUUUAUUGGCUUAGCAGGGGCACAUGCAGUAUACAUUUUUAUUAAUUUUGUUUUUGGUAACUAUCCAGGUGGACUAUUGUCAAUUUUACUAGUUGUGACAGCUUUAUAUACCCAUUUUGAUAGAAGAGUUGCAACUUAUACACUAAAUGUAGCUAUUGAACUCUUAUUGGGUGCUACUAUAUGUGUUUCAAGGUUUGAAUUAUACUAUUAUGAAGCUGUUCUUAAGGUAAGAAUAUAUAGCUUUGAAAAUAACCUAAACAAUUAA